AUGUUUCUGUUAGCUUUAUCUGGGCUCGUUGGACUGGCCUUUUCGAGGUCGGUUCCGGUGGAGGAGCCACAACAAGGUCCUGCAGUUGGAGAAGCUAUCGAUACAGGACUCUUCUACGACAGCUAUUUGCAAGAAGUGAUAAAGACGCUGGACAAAGAUCCGGCUUUCCGAGAAAAGAUGCAAAACGUAAACCUGGACGAGGUGAAGAUCGCCACUUUUUCGAAAGAACUAAACAACGUUGCAAAACACGUGCGGGACGAACUCGAUGUUCUCAAGCGAAAAGAAGUUGAUCGAAUUCGAAAGCUGCUAAAAAUGAAAGCGACGAUGGAGAAGGGAAAGCAGGUGAACCAACGCGCGAUUGUCGAGGCUGCUGCUGGUCACUUCGACCAUUUCAAUCCCGAGUCCUUCUCCCCUAAAGAUCUCGAGAAGCUGAUAGGCACCGCCACCGCCGACCUCCAGAAUUACGACGAAAAAAGACACAAAGAAUUCAUUGAAUACGAAAUUCAAAAGCAACUUGACUUGGAGGAAAAAAUGGCGAAAAUGGACGAAGCGCAAAAGGCGGCUCUGCUCGAGGAACAAAAACAAAAGCGCAAACGUCACAACGAUCACCAAAAAAUACCUCAUCCAGGCUCUAAAAAGCAACUUCAAGAGGUGUGGGAAGAGGAGGAUCGAAUGGCUGGCCAGGCUUUCGAUCCAAGAACCUUUUUUCUAUUACACGAUGUGAACGGCGACAUGUACAUUGAUCCCUACGAACUGGAGGCGAUUUUUCAGGCGGAACUUGACAAAGUCUACGACCCUAACAAUCCUGAUGAUGAUAUCCGCGAAAUGGAAGAAGAACGCGCUAGAAUGCGAGAACAUGUCAUGAAGGAAGUGGACGUGAACGAAGACGGCGCCAUCUCGCUCAAAGAAUUCAUGGAUUACACAAAUUCUAUGGAAUUUGUCAAGCCAACGAACACCUACCAUAUGAUCGAUGAAAUGAUCGAAAAAGGCGAGGUCUACACUUCACAAGAAUUAAAGGAGUACAAAGAACGAGUGGCUGCCCACGAAGCUGAACUCAAACAACGACUCGCGAAUCUGAAGGAAGAAGCGCUUAAACUUGCCAAUCAAAAGAAGCAGUUCGUUGACGCCAAGGCCAAGGCUCAAGAACUCAACGACCCUAUGAUUGAUCAGGCUAUCAAGAAGACUGAGAACGAUCUCAAUCAGCGUGAGCUCGGUCUCAUGGCGAAACAUGCUGAUGCCGUCGAAAUGGGCAAAGAAACUCUUGCGAUGAAGCAAGACCUCGCAAAGAAACAGAUUGAAGCCUACAUGACAGACGCUGAUAUGGAGGAAAUGCGCAUCAAAUAUGAGAGAUUGAAAGAAGAUGUCGAGAAUAUGCUCAAGAAUAAAGAAGGGGAAUACGAGGAGCAAAUUAAAGCUGCUAAAGCGAAUAUGGAGAAGGCCCAGAAAGAGGUCAGAGAGAAACUUAUGGCCCAGCAAGAGGAAAUGGCUGCGAAGAUCAGAGCUGCUCAAGAAGCGCGAGACAUAGCAGGCCAAACCGAUCAACAGCUUUAG